AACUUGCAUACUUUUCACAGUUCAGAAAUCAUUUUGCCAGCACAACUGAGUUAAGUUCAUACAGCCAUGCGGCACCAAAACCAGCCAUCACAGACACAUCAACACAGGCAGCUGAGUCUCUGGGCCAUUGACUCCUCAUGCCGAUAGGAAUUGCACAAGCCAGUUAGAAAGAGUUCCCAGUAAUAUUUGGUACAAGCUACAGCAGAGAAAUCAGUGCAAAGGACCCAGCCACAGAGAGCAAGCCACUUUUCUGCUUUCUUAUUUUCCAGAUGUACCAUGAGACAACUUUCUCCUCCGUGAUAUUAGAACGCACCACUCUGUGAUCUGAGGUAAAGGACAGAAUUCAAGCAAAGGGUUUAUUUAAUGAAAUAUGAUGGUGUAUGUACAUUUGACCUUCCUGUCUACCUUCUUCUUGGUUUCCAUGACAUCUGAAACAUUUGAUGCAAUGGAAGGUGAGGCUUUAGUUAUAAAAUGCCCUCGAUGGAGUUCAUCUGUGAAAGUCACCUGGUAUCACACGGAUACAAAUGAAAUGAUUCCUGCAGAAGGAGAGGGAUCACGAAUAUUUUCCUUAGAACGAUUUCUUUGGUUUCUGCCAACUUCUAGAGAGGAUUCUGGAAACUACACUUGUGUUAUACUUUUUUCAAAUAAUCGCACAAGGUCAUUCAACAUGAGUGUGCAGGUGCAUCCAUACAAGCAAGGAAUAUGUUUCCCAAGUCGGAUUCGUUAUCCAAAUGACACUGGAAGAGGAAAAAUUGUUUGUCCUACAAUUGACAGUUAUAAAAGUGCUACUAUCAUCCAGUGGUAUAAGGACUGUAAACCUCUUCAUGGGCAGAGAUACUUCAAGGGAGAAAAAUACAUUUAUAUUAAGGACCCAAGAAAGGAGGAUGAUGGUUAUUAUACUUGUCGAUUUAGCUACACUCAUAAAGGAAAUGUGUUCAAUGUAUCAGCAACGAGGAUUUUCAUAAGUGGCGCAAAACACUUCCCUCUAUCUCCUAGAAUUUUAUUUCCAAAGGACAAAGAUGUAAUAGAAGUGGAGCUUGGUGCUGCUUUGUCUCUGAAAUGUCGGGCCUGCCUGGGAAUUAAGAAACAGCCACUGGCUGUUGUCACAUGGGAUGUGGCUAACACCCCUUUGAAAGACUUACAUGUUUCAAGAUUCCAUGAAAAAUCUAAUUCUUUUGAAGGACAUGAGCAAGUAUAUUACAAAGAGGCCACUUUGCAUAUUACUGAAAUAAAAAAGGAGGAUCUGCAGGCAAAUUUCACAUGUGUAGCGCUGAAUGAAAUGCACAACGUUAGAGCCACAGUGACAUUGCGACUCAAAGCACAAUAUGAAGUGGGCCUUUCUAGCAUCCUCUUGAUCAUAGGAUCUCUAGUUCUGCUGGUUGCAAUAGCAGUCUCCGUGAUACUUUAUCAGUCCUUCCGAGUUGAUAUCGUCCUACUGUAUCGGGAGAUAUUUCAGCCCUACUCAGUCAAGGAUGAUGGGAAGAUUUAUGAUGCAUAUGUUAUCUUCCCCAGAAACCAUACCAAUGAAGCUAAUUUUGUGGAAUAUUUUGUUUACCAAAUCAUGCCUGAUAUUCUAGAAAAUAAAUGUGGAUAUAAACUGUGCAUUUAUGGGAGAGAUAUAUAUCCUGGAGAAGAUACAGCCAGUGCAAUUGAGAAGAGGAUACAGAAGAGCAGACGUCUGAUCAUUCUUCUAACACGGCAGCUGAUUAAUUAUAAAGAACAUGCUUAUGAUCAACACCUUGCUUUAUACAAUGCCCUCAUUCUAAAUGAUACAAAAGUGAUCCUGCUGGAAAUGGAGACAAUUGGGACUUCCAAGAAACUUCAGGAGUCUCUUAGGUUUAUUAUUAAGCAGCAAGGUACAGUCAAAUGGAAAGAGCCACACAGUGUGCACCCACAGUCAUCCAAUUCUAAGUUCUGGAAACAGGUGAGGUACCAUAUGCCACUGAUAUGCAAGUCCUCAUACUCAGCUAAUGCCAGGUGAACAACCUAUGAAAAUCCACGAGGGACCACAUGCCUGCAGCUUUUUUCCUUUCAGUAGGUAUGUGUUUUCACAGUCUGGAAGUCUGGCUGUAUUUUUGAACAGUUUUCAGUCCUUCAAUUGAGUAAUGAUAAGGUAAACUGAGGGAAUAGGUCUGGGAAACUGAGGGAAGUUUGUUAUAGGUAUGGGAGGUCUGUAAAUAAAUCAUUCUAGUCUGUGUGCAGCAUUUUGCAUGUCACAGGAAAGCAAAUGUACUUAUACUCUUUCUAUAUCUAGUUGUACAUACAACUGAAAAUUAGUAAUACCUUGCAGAUUUGCUUUGCCUUUCUAAUGCAGGAUCAAACAUAAAGGCCUUCUGUAUUAUUUGACUAGAAAGUAAAAUGUGCAUUAUGCAACUAGAAAA